GGCACUUAAGUCCAUACCAUGUCCCCUCGAUCUCUUCCUCCGGAAUCUAUUCUGUCAUCUCGAGAUCGUCAAAACUGUCUCAAGCUUGCCAACCACUGUUUGCAUCUGAAGCUCACUCAUAUUACCAACAAGCAGAAAUCGCUACGAAGCACCGUCGACCAGGUCUAGGUGAAGCCUAAUCCCAUCAAUUCUACCAUCAAGACUCAAAUCAAGGUAAGGCGCAACUCUUAACCAACAUGUGUAGAGCUACUCUCCAAGUCUACCGGUGCGGCUGCCACGGCAAUAUGAUGCGCCAGUCAUGCGCUCUUCCAUCCCGCUACUGCAAUGAAGGUCUUCGCAACUACGAACGCGUGGAAAUGCACAUGGACUGCCCAAAGCAUGCACGUUUGAAGGGCCGCAGCUCUUCUCGUCAAUACGAGAACACUCAUCCGGCCCUGCGGUACACAUCUUCAUCGCACCACGAUUCGCCGAAAUACCAGACCUCCGCCAGCAUUCGCAAUCCUGCGAGAGACUUGUACGACAUGCCCGCCACCAGCUACAACCGCCGAGACUCCGAUGGAAGCCCAAGAUUCUACAGCUCCCUGCGGAACGUUCGUGACAAUCCUCAUAUUCCCGUCCUCUCACCCUCCUGGAACUCAGGUAUCCGCAAGAAUGGCACACGCGACUCACAACGAACCGGUCGAUCUCGUGAUGCUCCCCGAAGUGGCCGAAACUACUCACAACCCACCUCGUCAAGCUAUAAUUACUCCGAAUCCCAGCGAGAGACAGUCCUUCAGCGUCAAGCUAACGUCCGUCGUGCGAGAGAGGUAAGAGAGCGUUGUGAGGGUUGGCUACAGUCUGGCAGAUAUACCCGAGACGAAAUCCAGCACCAUCCGUUGUUCCAAGAGCUCUCCGAACGAGAUCAAUGGUCCCUCUUGUAUGAUUAUGAGCAAAGCUCACGAGAUCGAGAGCGGGGAAGCCAUGUUAGAAGUGAGAAGCGUUCAAGGUGCAUUGUCAUGUGA